ACUUGCUUGAGCCUCUUCAGUCUAUACGGCCUUGCUUCAGUCUCCACGAAGUAGCCUUGGACGGAUUUUUAGAAUAUACAGCGCGGUGACCGUUGCGGAAUCGCUUUGGAUCAUAAAUUAAUUGUGAGACGAAUUGUGCAAUCCGUAAAACAGGUAUAGACUACUGGUGGUGAACCAUGCUGCCAUCAUGGAUAGUGGUGUGUAUGGCGGCAGCUAUCUGCCUUCUGCCCCUGCCAGCCGACAGUCUCAGCUGCACCAAGGUGCCCGGGGACCUGUGCACCUGCCGCAUGGAGAACGGCUCCCUGAUCAGUCUGGACGCAAUCAGCGGCAGGCGGAGCCCUGUUUUUUCGGACGUAAAGGAGGUGGGCAGCGGCCCGGGUGACGGCAACGGCUUCCUCUACUACUUUGACCCGUGCCGCAGCUUCCGACUGCCCGGCGCCGGCGCGGCCUGCGACGGCGUGUCGGUGUGCCAGAAGGACUCUCAGGGCCAGUACCACAACCUGGGCGAGCUGGGACACACUACCAUGGGCUGGGACCCUAAGGACAAACAGUACUACAUCAGCUAUGUCGGCUGCUUCGGAGUGCAGUGCAGGACUACCAACGUUUCUCUGGUCUGUCAGUGGGGCUGGGUCAACCCCGAGCUGAAGGUGUUACAGCAGAAUCCGCCCGGCUCCCUUCAAUAUAAAAUGGUACUGAGCUCCCAGUGCGCCUGCCCGGACGGCUGUCCAGAGGAGGUUCACCAACACCCGCUCUCGGCCGGCGGCGUCUUCCUCGUCGUCUUGGUCGUCGGCAUGCUCUUCUACCUGGUGGUCGGCGUGGCCUACCGCAGGAUCGUCGUCGGAGCGACCGGCGUGGAGAUGAUACCCAAUCGGAGGUUCUGGGCUGGACUGCCCGGACUAGUCAGGGACGGAGUGACCUACUGUGUUACCUGUCGCCGGGCCGACGCAGCCUAUGAUCAGAUCUGAGACCGACCAGAAAAUCCCAGACUGAUCAGGAAUCUCUAAGGUUGAUAAGAUCUUAGACCCGUCAGAUCUGAGACCAAGCGGAAUAUGUGAGACUGUGAGGGACAUGGUGUUGCGUGAAACUCUGCUCUUGGUUGGACAUAUUCUAGAGAUGUGAAAUGGUGUGGCUGUGGCGUACAUGUCACAACUGACAUGAUCAACUCACGACUGGCAAUGGCUGGACUCUGGGAGAAAGAGACAGUUACAUACGGUUAACGGGUCAUAAUAAGACGAAGAACUACAUAGCUGGACUGGAGGAGGUUAAAUACGAAGACUGCAAGUCAAACGAUAGGUCAGAAGAUGUGAAACUGCCCAGGAUUGGGCGCCGGCAAAUGACAGUGCGGGGCACACAACACGCUCAUAAUAAUGAUGUAAAAAGCUGCCUGUGGCUGAACGCUAACAGUGCGGAGUGAGAUACACACUCGACUGUGUUUUCUAUAUGUGGAGAUCAUGUCCAGCUUACAAUCUAUCAGAUCUGAAAUGUGGAUUGUGUCAUGCAACCGUCCCAGAGCUCUUAAUGUGCCGCCCGCUUAGCAGCGGCUAAAGCUAUGGAUGCGACCCGGUUGCGUUUAGUCUUCCCCAAGCUUGAACCUAAGCCCAUGAAUGCGUCUGUCCGGGUCAGUGGGCGGAGCUAUCGCCAUGAGGUGUCCCAUGGCAGCCAAUCAGCGAGCCCCGAGAUGCAUCGGUGACCAAUCACGGCCGCCGCCUCAGAAGGUCGGCGCACUAUCGUCCAAUCGGAGAGCCGGGGGAGCUCGCUCCACCAAUGAGCGAGUCGGUGACAUGCCUCCGGCCAAUGAACGUUCGUCUCUCAAUCUUGUGUCCGUAAAUGCUGCACCUGCUGUGAAGUUAUGAUAUUCUGGGUGUAUGUUGUGUAUAGCGUGCGUUGUGAAUUGGUGAACCUCUGAAUCGGGCUGUUCAAACGCUCGUUCCCUGUCUCGAACAGUGCUUGUACAAAGUUUUCGAGUGCCAUUAGGUUUUGAUAUGGGCUACGGGGCGAAAUCGCGGGUUGUGAUGUGUUGCAUGUUUAUAUGCUUGUGUGGGUGUGUGGUUAAGAACAUUUCAGUUACAAGGCUUGUGACCUUGCUGUGUUUUGUAUAGUGCUCUGGAUCAACAGUACCUACCGCUUUCAAAGACACUAACUACCGUGGCAUUAUAUAGCUAUUGAGGUUCAUCGAUGAUCGAACCAUAUAUGUAUGUCUGAAACUAAAUCUUACCGUCAUAAUGAGUCACAAGAUUUGUAUUUUUAAACGUAGUUAACUAGAGAACAUGGCUUACAUAAUAUCCUCGCCGCUUGAAGACUUGUUACCCUCGCAUAAAGCAUGAGCUAUUUGUCUGAGCUAAAUGUUUCUGCCGCGUUUUGUACCCGCGGUGAAGAUAUUUGGUGACUACGCGCCGUCCAGCUAAGGUAAAUAGGUAAUCAUCCAUGGAGGGUGUUGUUAUGUGUAAUACUGCAUGCAAAUAUGAAUAUAGUGUAUCCAUCAAGUG